UCGUGAACAUUGCCAAUUUAGACGAUAUUUCCAUUAAUGACCUAUGCACAAAACGUGAUAGGCUCAAUGUGGCUUUUAAAGAAUACGAAGCCCUAUGUAAAGAUAUUCUCGGUCUUGACUCCGCCGACGAGGAGGAUGUGGAGUCGGUGGAGGACAAUUAUUUUAAAACUUUAUCAGCCUUUGACAAACGCAUCAAGCCUCUUGAUUCAAACCCUUCAGGCUCUUCCACUCAUGAAAAAACACAUAAAACUAAAUUACCACCUAUAUCCAUAAAACCCUUUGAGGGCACAUACACAGAAUAUGUUCCAUUUAUCAAUUUAUUUAAUUCAUUAAUUCAUAAUGACAAAAGCCUAGACAAUAUACAAAAAUUCUAUUAUUUAAGAACAUUGUUAAAGGGUGAGCCAUUCGAUUUAGUCAAAAACUUGCCGGUCGAAGCUGUCAGUUAUGAUGCAGCUUUAAAUUUACUAAAAAAUAGAUAUGAAAAUAAAUAUAGAAUAAUCUCUGAGCACAUUUGCAAGCUAUUAGACUUAAAACAAAUAGUAAAAUCAACAGCAGUCUCACUCAGAGAAUUUAUUUCAACAGUUAGGCAGCAAAUAGCCGCCAUCAAAUAUCAAGAACCUAAUGUUAUAUACUGGGAUGCUAUAUUGUUGUGUAUUCUCUCUCGCAAACUAGACAGUUACACUGCGAAGGCCUACCAACUUGACCGGGAUAUGAAUGCUAAGCCGCAAUUGGAGGAUUUUCUCAAUUACAUUGAGAACCGAGCCAAUGCACUGGAGAAUGUCGAGCAGGGACAUCAACCCCAUCCUGGUAAUAGUAGCAGUAAGGUAGCAGCAGUCGCCACUACAGGAGCAACAUGCACUUACUACGCUAUUGCCCAACGAGCAGUGCAUGACCAUCAGCCUGCCCAGCCACAGCAACCAGUCAUCAGCUGUGCCCCGGAGUGCUGCUCAUCCACCACAACAGCCUAGUAGCACACAGCUACACGUCUUCAACACAUACUUCGGGCACAUUGUAGGAGGGAAUCUGCCACCUAAGUGUUUCAGAAGGAGACUCGGCAGAUUUAAUCGGCUUUGCUGACGCUUCGAGUAAGACAGCCUACGGAUGCUGUGUGUACCUGCGAGUCACAGACCAAACAGGUACAACGAAAUUGCAUCUACUUUGUUCGAAGUCGCGAAUCAAUCCUAUCCAAAAGAAAGGCAUGACUGUGCCAAGGCUUGAAUUGAAUGCUGCACUCUUGCUAUCAAAAUUGGUUUUGAGGACUCAUGAUACACUCAGAGUCAAAAUUAACAUCAGGCAUGUUUGUUUAUUCAGCGACUCGCAAAUCGUUCUUGCAUGGCUAAACACUGAGCUAACAAAACUUCAAGCUUACGUAUCGAACAGAGUAAGUGUAAUUCGUCAAAACACAUCUGGAUACAGUUGGCAUUAUGUCAAUACGCAUGACAAUCCUGCUGAUCUCAUUAGCCGAGGCGUCAACCCGAAUGAGCUGAGUAGCUGCGAUAUUUGGUGGAAUGGCCCUAAGUUCCUGCAAAACAGUGAGUACAAGUUUGCUGCUUAUAGCUCACCAGCUGAGUCACUCACAGAGGAGCGCUGCUUAGCUCCUUCCAGCAACUUGGUGUGCCAAAAUCCCAAUCCGCUUGACUAUGUGUUCAAGCGCUUGCAUAAUUACUCUAAUAUAAAUAAAAUAGUAAGGCUAUUAGCAUACAUAUUGCGAUUUUUAAACAAUAUUAACAAAAAUAAUUCUAAAAUAAAUACAAACUAUCUGCAAAGUUCUGAGUUAGAUAAUGCAUUAAUGUUACUUAUUAAAUAUGAACAAAGUAUAUAUUUUAAAUCUGAAAUCAAAGCAAUAAGCAAUAAUAAGAGCUUGAAGGGGAAUCUAGUUGAGUUGCAUCCCUUUCUUGACAAUAGGGGUCUAUUGCGCGUUGGUGGCAGGCUGCAUUAUGCUAAUAUAGCUUAUUCACAAAAACAUCCUGUCAUACUACCUAAGGGCUCUUCAAUUACUAGCUUGCUUAUAAGGUGUGAACAUGAAAGGCUACUGCACGCAGGGCCUAAGCUUUUACUCUCGCAUCUCAAUCAAAGGUUUUGGAUUGUUAAUGGCUUAUUAGAAGUUAAGAAAGUAACUCACAAAUGUAUUGUAUGUUUCAGACAAAAGGCCUUAGCAGCCAAGCAACUGAUGGGCUCCUUGCCGGCUGCACGUGUAACAGCCACCAGCAGGCCAUUUGAGAAAGUCGGCGUGGAUUUCGCUGGGCCAAUUGAUGUGAAACUCUCUCGCGUAAGACGAUCUUUAAUAGGUAAAGGGUAUAUCUGUGUAUUCGUAUGUUUCGCGACAAAAGCAGUUCACUUAGAACUUGCAUCAGAUUUGACCACGGAAACCUUUCUUGCGUGCUUAAGGAGAUUUAUCUCCAGACGAGGUUUGCCCACCGAAAUUCACUGCGACAAUGCAAGUACUUUUAAAAGUGCAAGGAGUCAAUUAGUUGAGCUCUACAAGCUGCAAGCUUCGCAGAGCCACCAAAUGCAGGUUCAAAGAUUUACCGCCGAGCGUGGGAUACAAUUUCACUUUAUACCAUGUUACUCACCUACAUUUGGCGGGCUCUGGGAAGCGGCAGUUAAGAGCACGAAGUUUCACUUAAAAAGAAUAUUACAAAAAACCGUUCUAACUUAUGAACAGCUUAAUACUGUAUUAACUGAAAUCGAAGCAGUGCUUAAUUCUAGGCCACUCUUACCUUUAUCUUCAAACUCUGAUGAUUAUUGUUAUUUAACACCUGGUCACUUUAUUAUAGGUAGUGCUUUGUCAAUGUAUCCUGAAAUAAAUGUAUGCAACGUUCCACAAAAUAGACUUAAGUUUUGGCAACUAUGUAAUUCUUUAAAACAAUCCUUUUGGAAAGUGUGGCACCAAUGUUAUUUAAAUUUAUUACAAAACAGGCCUAAGUGGCGUGAUACAGUUUGUAAUGUUAAGUUAGGCAACUUAGUUAUUUUAAAAGAGGACAAUAUUCCUCCUAUGUCAUGGCCAAUGGCACGAAUUGUUAAAUUAUUUCCAGGACAUGAUGGAAAAAUUAGGGCAGUUGAUGUUAGGACACCAAAUGGGAAAACCCAUACCCGUGCCAUCAAUAAAAUUUGUUUACUGCCAAUAGAAUAUGAUGAUAGUACUUAAGAAAUUGUAUUAAUGUUUAAUAAUAAGUCAUAUUUGUAAAACCAUAUAAGUUAUAGUUUUUUACUCUUAUGUAGUGUAAAACAUAAUUGUAAGUUAUUGUAUAAGUAAUAAAUAGAUAAAUACAUAGCAUAAAUAAUAAUGUAACCUUCACUCUAGUUUCUUUUGAUUUAUUUCAAAUAAUUGUUAUUUGUGUUUUCUGUGAGGCCGCAGCAUGUUGGAUUUUAUAAAUUGCAACAUUAACUUAAUUUUUAUUAUAUUUUUGUACUGUGGCAAUUUUUCUCUCUCUUGCUCUGCGACACGGACCGAAUAGACGUAUGUAAUUAUU